AUGGGGAACGAAGCGAGCCUGGAAGGAGGUGAAGGGCCGCCGUCUGGGCUACCGGAGGGGCUGGCACCUGACGGGAAGGGCGGCUUUGUCCGGGUUCACGAUGGGACUCCGGUCAACCUGAGUGAACUCAGCGAGGAGGAGAGGAGGCAGCUCGCCGCGGCGAUGUCAAGGGCGCAAGGCAGGCAGCCCGGAGGCGCAGCAGCUGCACGAAGGCCUUCAGAAUCUGAUGCCCAGCAGCGAUCCCAGCAGGCAGGGGCCUCCAGGGGCCCAUCAGGUCUCAGUAAGAGCCGAACUGUAGACGCCUUCAACCAGGGUCCACCAGGCAAGCCCACACCGGGCCGCAGCCCUUCGUCCCUCAGUCUUUUUGAAUCCAGAUUCCGGCAGGAGCCAAAAGACCCCGAGACCAAGUCAUCAGGCAUGUUUGGCUCCAGCUUCCUCAGCGGGGCCAACCCCCUCAGUGCGGUCUCGUCUGUGACCUCCUCUGUCUCCUCCUCCAUAUCCUCCAUGGGCGAUGCUGUCAACAUGCCCAAGUUUGGACUGUUUGGGGAUGAGGAGGAGGGAGAUGCAUCUGCAGCACCUGAGUCCAAGCAGGGAGGAAGGCCACCAGGGAAGGGCCCUCAGCAAGGGCCAGGUCCAAAGGGACCACAACACGGGGGACCUGGCUCUCAGCAAGGGCCAGGUCCAAAGGGACCACAGCAGGGGGGACCCCAGAGACAGGGUCAGGGCCCCCCUGGGCAGGGGCCAAAGCCAGGGCAAGGACCCUCCAUGCCGGGACCGAGGCAAGGUCAGGCGCCACCAGGCCAGGGGCCCAAAUCAGGCCAUGGUCCUCCUGGUCAAGGACCCCCUGGGCAGGGCCCCAGGCAAGGUCAGGGACCACCAGGCCAAGGACCCCCAGGGCAACAGGCGCCCAAACCAGGUCAAGGACCACCUGGUCCUGGUGCCAAACCAGGUGGUCCUCCCCCACAAAAAGGUGGCCCCCCACAGCAAGGACCUGGGAAGCCUGGACCCAAGCAGCAAGGGCCACCAGGCCCUGGGGCUCAUCCUGGGGAGCCACCUAAGAGUGGAGGACCUCCUGGUCAGCAGGGGCCCGGAAAGACUGGAGGUGGACUCUGUCCACUGUGUAAGACCACCCAGCUGAACACUGGGUCUAAGGAACCGCCUAAUUACAAUAACUGCACUGAGUGUAAGAACCAGGUCUGCAGCCUCUGUGGGUUCAGCCCCCCAGACUCAGCGGGUAAAGAGUGGCUGUGUCUGAACUGCCAGAUGCAGCGAGCGAUGGGAGGUAUGGAUCCCCCCGGCAUGACCAAGCCCAAACAAGGCUCGGCCCCGCCCUCACCACAGAGACAGGCACCUGGCAAGCCUGGCAAGCUGCUGAUAAAGCAGCAGAGUACCACCGACCAAGGGUUAACGCCACCAUCUACACCUAGGCAGAAAUCUCCAGGUCCUACCUCCCCAGGACCGCUUUCCCCAGGCUCCUCAAUGGGUGGAUCCCCCAAAAUUGACCCUAAGACAGGUCGCCCCAUUCAGCAGAAGUCCACUCCCCAGCAGUCUCCAGCCAAGGCCAAACAGGAGUCUAGCUUCUUUGGGGGGUUAGGGGGUAUCAGUUUGGGAGGCCUGACGGAUGUGGCUAAACCUCCUGCGGCUGCUUCACAAGCUGCCGAAUCCGUUACAGGGAAACUGUUUGGCGGUUUUGGUGGUUUGAUGGAAUCGUCAAAGCCUCAAGCACAGGCUCCACCAAAACAGGAGGAGUCAGUGGCUGGGAAGUUGUUUGGAGGUUUUGGAGGGUUGACAGAAUCCACAAAACCUCCAGCUGCUGCCUCUCAGAUGUUCAACUUUGGAUCGUCCCUCUUGAGCUCAGCUACCAAUCUUGUCACAGGAGAAGAAGAAAAGGCAGAGGAUUCUCCACCUGGGUCACCACCAGACUCUCCUGCUGACUCCGGACCAGGUUCCCCUCCUGACUCAGGCCCCGGCUCACCACCUGACUCCCCCUUCUCUGCUCCUGGAUCUCCCCCUGAUUCAGACUCUGCUCCUGACACCCCACCUGCCAAAUCCAAGAAACCCCCCAGAACCAUUUCUGUGGAGCAGGAAGUGAAGGCCCCAGCAGCCGAACCUGCACCAGCCCCAGCCACAUCAACCAAGGAAAGCUGCCCUCUCUGUAAUGUGGAGCUGAACGUUGGAUCAUCAGACACGCCUAACUACAGCCUCUGCACCGAGUGCAAGAAGACAGUGUGCAAUCUGUGUGGAUUCAAUCCUACUCCCCACUUAGGAGAGAAAGAAUGGCUUUGCCUCAACUGUCAGACCCAAAGAGCCAUGUCAGGCCAGCUGGGAGACAUGCCACCUCCAUCCAUGGCUUCCCCAAAGAAGCAGCCACCUGCUCCUGAUCCUGCUCCCUCCGCCACCCCUGCCCCUGCUGCUGUAGAUAGCAAACCUGUAGUAGAAGCAGCAGACCAAACCCCACCAGCUCCUGAAACCAAGGUAGCACCCACAACCGUUCCCACACCUGAUAGCACAUCAGUUUCACCUGAUCAUGAUACCUCUCCUUCGGUUAGUGCACCUGCUCCUGAUAGCCCCCCUCAGGAAACACCACAGUCAAAUGAACAAAAACAACCACCAGAAGCUGAACCAGUGUCUCAGCCUGAAAUUCAUCCUGAACAAGAAUCUCAGAUUUCACAGGGUGUAGCUGAGAGUAUCCCUGCAAUCCCAGCAGUUGAGCAACAGCAGAGUAGCUCUGAGAAAACAGCUGAGGACCACCCUCACCCUGAGACAGAACCAUCUCAUUCUGGUCAACAGACACAAACACAGAGUGCACCUGUCAGUGAAAUCCCAGCAAUUCAGCAACAACAGAGUAGCUCUGUGAAUACGACAGAGGACCUUUCUCUCCCUACGGAAAGUGAGACGCAAAAUCUAUUGACUAAUACAGGGUUAGACAAGAAAACAGUCCCUGCUGAGGCAGAAAUAGAGCCAAAUCCCGAGAUUACUCAGAGUGAGGCUGCAGCUCCCCUGACAGAAAAUGAGAAAGUGGAGCCCACUCCAGAAAAGCUUCCAGAAGUGACAACAAAUUCAGUGGAAAGCCUGUCAAAGCCUGUCUUGAUCCCUGACGCAGUCACACAGGAAGUUUCAGUUCCUCUUAAUUCAAAGCCAGAGUCUACAGUUACAAAUGUAAAAGAGGAGAAAAUAAUAGAGGAAGAACUUGGUAAGCCAACUGAGACUCCCCAAAUAGAUGAACCCCAAGCUACUCCAGCAGACACAGUAUGCACAGCUUUAAAUGUGGAGCAAACAGACAUCACCAAAAAACUUGAGGCUGACAGUGUAGCACCUAAUGUCAAGAAUGAAGUUACUGUAGAAAUAAAGGCAGAACCACAAGCAAUAAUAGAGAAACCAGCACUCAAAGAUGAUGCUCCUCAUCCUCCAGUGGAGGUUGUAGAAAAUUUAUCUCCUGUAGACCACACUGACAACGUCGAGGUCCAUAAACCCGACGAGACCAAGCAAGAAUCAGAACAAGAGCCAGCAAAAUGCAUAGAGUCUGAAGGCUCUUCAGUGGUGACAGAAAAACAUCCUGUCUCAGCUUCAGAGGAGAAAAGUCAGGCUAAUGAAAUGGAAAACAAACCCACAGAAAACAAGGAGAAGCCUGUGCCACUUAACGCAGCAGAUCAGUCACCUUCUGUUGCUCCAGUUGAGGGAGAAUCCAGAGCUCUUGAGAAAGCAAAUGAGGAGAACGCUGUUGAGAAAAAAGAGAAAGUUGUUACUGAAGGGGAAACAGUUAAGCAGGAAAUACAUGAGAAGACUGGUGAGGAAACAGCAGAGAACACUGCUGAGGAAAAAAGUGCUGAGGAGAAAGUUGUUGAAAAAGAAACUAUUGAAGAGAGGGCUAUUGAGAAGGCAGGCGCUGAGAAUAUAUCAUCUAAUGGCAAAGGCUUUGAAGAUGAGGCAGUUCAGGAGAAUGCAGCUGCAGAGAGAGUUACUGAGAUAAAAGCUGAUGAAGGGAAGGCUUUUGAAGAAGAGGCAGCUGAACAGAACACAGCUGAGAAGGCAAAUGACCAGAAACCUCUAGAGGAGGAGGUUAAUAAAGAAGAAUCAAGUCUGGCACCCUCAUCUACUGCAACAGAGAGUGUUUGUCCUGUAAUAGAGAAGAAAGAAUCAGAAACAGCAAGAGAGCCAGCUCAGACUGUCACUGAAGAAAUCCCAAAAGAAGAGAUACAGAUUCAUAAAGAGACAGAACCAGGAACAAAAUGCAAACCAUCACUUGCUGAGGAAAGCCUUGUUGAGAUAGUAUCAUUGCCAAAGAAGUCAGAGGAGAAAGAACAGCCUACGGUCAAAGCAGAGACUGUAGCACAGAAAGAUGAAAAGCAGGCACCGAACGAUACCUUGUUAAAAGCAGAUGAUGAAUCUGAGAAAGCAGCGGUCAUGUCUGUUCUCCCACCUCCUGAUUCUAAAGAGCAAGAAAAGGUCGGUGUCAGGGAGUCCGAGCAAAGCACAGACAUGGUGUCAUCCUCAGUUGUUAUUAGUGAGACACAAGUCAGAGAUAAAACCUGUGAAGAGAAACUCAUUCAGGAUGAGACAGAAGCUGGUUCACAAAAAACAAACUGCAUCACUGAAGAACAACAUGAGGUAGAGACGGAGACGUUAGCCGUGACAGGCAGUGAUGAGAAACAGCUUGAGAAAGUUGCUGAGCUGUCAAUCAAAGAGCAGGAAGUAAAACUUGACAAAAAAGAGGGUGAGUCACAACCUGUUGCUGGCAACAUCCAGGAAACUAUUUCAUUAUCAGAGGCAAGCACAGUCUGUGACAAACAUGGCACUACACAGUUUGAUGUAGGAGAGAACACAAUAUCAAAGCAGGAGGAAGGAUCAGAGACAGCCUUUGAAAAUGGAGGUGUGUCUGUAUCAGUAGCUUCAGUCCCUGUAGCAGAACCUGAAGUCCCGGUCUCUGUAGUUAGUGAGCAGGACAAAGUCCCAAAGGAGGAGAAGACUAACGUGGAGGAGAAAAAGGAGGCUAAAGCUCAGCCUCUGGAAAAGUCCAGUGAUGAAGAUGCAGUCACUGAGGUGAAAAUGGUGGAGACCUUGAAAGAGCCUGGAGAGACAGAAAUGGCCGCAAAGGAGGGCAGUCCCACCAGCCCAUCGGACCUUGCAAAGCUGGAAAACACAGUCCUUCCCAUUCUUGAGGCCCAGGCAAGCACACAACCAAAGGAUGAGGAGGAGAAACUAACAGACACCCUAAAGACCAGACGUAAAUUAGAGGUGCUUCCUCUCUCACCUGACUCGCCUAGCUCAGAGGAUGACCGAGAAAUUUCUGAGAAGAAAACCAAAGGUACCGCAAAGAAAAAGCUCCUUGUGCCCAUGGAUGUCAAGGCUGAUUCCCUGGAUGAUAGCAGUGAAAGCUUUGGAAAAGAAAGCCCAAUGUCAGGGGAUGAUGAGGACUUUAUCCGAAAACAGAUAAUGGAAAUGAGUGAGAAUGAGGAUGCUUCACCGUCUGAUGAGGAAAACCUAAUCCGGCGAAAGAUUAGAGAGGAUGAGAAGAAACAAAUGGAACAGAAGAAAACAGAGGCUGUAGAGAGGAGCACAUCAGGAAAAGCCAGGCGACUUACCAAAAAAAGCACUAUAAGUCCAGAUGAUGGAGAAGAUAAGCAACUCUGCGGCUCACUGGAUAAACCUGAUAUAGACAAAGAGGAGGGACCAGAACCAAAAGAAGAGGACCGUCAAAGUGAUACUGCAGUUCGCAAAUUCCGAAGUAUGGAACUGAAUGCAACCAGCAGCCCUAUACGCAUAAUUAAUGACGAUGGAGAGCCUGAAAUGGAAUGCCUUACAGACUCUCCAGAUGAUCGGUCUAGAGGUGAGGGUUCGUCCAGUCUACAUGCAUCCAGCUUCACUCCUGGGACAUCCCCAACAUCCCUCUCAUCACUGGAUGAAGACAGUGACAGUAGUAGUCCCAGCCAUAUCCGUUCUGAUGAAGGUAAACAACACAGAAAAGCCAAACACAGACAACCUGGUCAGAUGCUGCCAACUAUUGAAGACUCUUCUGAGGAAGAAGAGUCACGAGAAGAAGAGGAGCUGCUCAGAGAGCAAGAAAAACAGAAGGGCUCAGGGAAAAAAUCCAAGAAAGACAAAGAGGAGAUUCGAGCCCAGAGGAGGCGAGAGCGUCCAAAGACACCACCAAGCAAUCUUUCCCCCAUUGAAGAUGCCUCUCCAACUGAAGAACUGAGGCAAGAAGCUGAAAUGGAGGAGAUCAGACGAUCGUCCUGCUCUGAUUUCUCCCCCAGUAUUGAAUCAGAUCCUGAGGGCUUUGAAAUUCAUGCUGCGAAGAUUGCAGCAGUCCAGAAAAAUUAUCAACUGCCUAUAUCAGUAUCUCUUCACUCCCCAACAGAUGAUCAAAAUGCUGAUAUACCACCACAAAAACCUCUUAAAUCUGCUGAUGAGGCUUAUGAGGAAAUAAUGCUGAGGGCUAAGUCCCCAACACUUGACAAAGGUGAGAUUCAACCAGGAAAAGAGUCCCUUUAUGGAGGCAUGCUCAUUGAAGACUAUGCCUAUGCAUCUCUUAUUGACAAUUCAACAGCUGAUUUGGGAGAGCCAGAGAAAAUUGUUAUUCCUGCUCAGUCGAAAAAGUUGAGAUCACCAGAUGAAGUUUAUGAAGACAUGUUAAAGAAGAGGAAGGAAUUCAUGCAACUGGAGCAGGAAUAUCAAAAUAUGCAGCCGAAAAUGGAAAGCACUAAUCCAGAAAUUGUGCUGCAACCUGCUGAAAAUACAUUCUCCAAAAGCAGUGCAGUAACACUGGGCAAAGAUGGAAAGCCAUUGUUGGAUGCUGAAACUGCUUAUGAAGAGCUAAUGAAAAGAGUGCUGACUCCUGGAACAAGUCCAACUCAGCAGGACCCAGAAGUGGAAGCUACUGCAUCUAAAAGGGCACUCCACCCCAUCCCAGACUUAAAGGUGACACAGUGCUCUUCAGGAGAGUUGUCUUCUGAUGAUGAGAGUAUGGUUAAAAAGGAAGAGGAGGUUACUGCAGUAUCAGACACAACAUCAGCAACAGAAACCGAACCUGUUACAGUGUUACAGUCUUGUCCAUCAUCCACAUCGGAUCAGCAAACUCACACCACAAUAGCAGCGUCGCAGGCUGAUGUGGUGGACUUAUCUAGUGCACUCCCAAGAAUAUCAGCUCCUGUGAUUCCCAGUGUAUCACCCUUGCCCACAGUCCCCCAGUACACACCCAGUAUUCCCAGUGUAGUGUCAACUGCCCCACCCGUGCCCCCUAAGCCAAGCGUCCUGCGUAGGGCUAAUUCUCAGGAAAAAGCAGAAGUACCUGUUGCACCGCCACUGCCUCCUCCCACCCCACCCAAACCUACUGUUUUUCCCAGGAAACCUCCAGUUCCACUUCCACCUCAGGCUUCAGCAACUCCAGUCAGACCAGAGCCAGUGGCUAUGACAACAGCCCAAGGACUGCCUACAAGACAAGUAAUUACACCAACGUACAAACCUCAUGUUCCCCCUCCUGUUCCCCCAAAGCCAUCCAUUCCUGCUGGGAUUGGCGAUAGCCACAGAACAGGAUAUGGUGUCAAACCACCAAUUGCACCUAAGCCUGGCUCACAGCCUUCUUCACCUGCCCAUGCCCCACAUCCAUCAAGACCUACUGUACUUCCCACCUGUCCUACUGACAUUACCUUGAAUCUGAGCCCCUCUUCUGAGAGCAAGCCGUUUCAACCCUCACCAAAGUCUCCUUCUUCUCCAAGAUAUGCCAGCAAUCUUCGUGACACAUAUGUGGUCAUCACACUGCCAUCUCAGCCCAGCUCUCCAGUAGACGGUGUCUCAACUCAAGCUCCCUGUAGCCCUGGCCCAGCAUCUCCUUCACACCAAGCUCAGUCCCAAAGCUAUCACCAACCACAGCCUCAACCUCAAUCAUUUCCACAGCAGCAUCCACAACCAACCCCUCCUCAAACAACCAGGGUGCCUCUGGCAUACACACGAGUCACAGAAUCCAUUGAAAGUCAAGAGAUUUGUGGCCCAGAAAAACAUGUAUCCAGUUCUUGUCACAUUAUUGAGGCUAUAUCUGCCUCAGCACAGCCAUCUGCGGUUAUGCCUAACCUCAUCUCUCAAGUGGUCACCACAGAAGUCCAAAGGACAACUGUCGCUGUUGUUCAUGAAAGGACACCACCACCAGUGCCAGCUCCACGGGCAAAUGGUGUCCCCAUCUCGAUGGAGAAACCUAAACCCCAAAUGCCUGCGCAGAAUGGACAGGUCUUCCAACCUUCUGAAGUGGUAGAUCUUAGGACUGUGAAGGUGGACCCAGAAUCAGGUAUGAAUGGUGUGGAUCUGUCCUCUGGCCCAGACUCAAGACGUCAGUCCUUUGUGACUGAUGUCAGUCGUCACAACAGUGCAGUACAGUCACCUGUGGUCAACCUCAGUGCUGAAUCAUCUACUGUUUCUAUAGUGACUGACAGUAUCACCAUUGUAACCUGUGCUGCAACAAUCCAACGAUGUGACAAUGUAGAUACCUCUCAAGCAUCCUCAGUUCCCCUUCAGCUGACAAAAAAUAAAUCUUUUGAGCCUAUUUCCCAAAUUAUUUAUCGACCAGUCGAUUAUCAGCCCUCCACUCAUGUUGGUACAGAGAUUCCUAUUAACCUCUCUGUUGGAUCAAGUACAGGUGGAGGAACUUUCCAAACCACCCCUGUCACUGUUGCACCGACCUCUGUUGCAAGUUGUGCUGCUAAUGGAUUAACUACGGGUACAACCACGGUUGCAGGAGCUGUUGACCUUAGCACAACAAAACCAUUCAACACUGUGGUAUCUGUGGAUGGUGCUUCGGCAGAAGUGGUGACAGCUGUAAUCACAGAUGAUGAUGGUAAACCAGUGGAUCUGACUGCAGGAAAAAGAGCUGUAUGCUGUGAUGUUGUAUACAAGCUCCCAUUUGCCGGAAGCUGCGCUACUCAGCAACCUACCACACCUCUGCCUGAAGACCGCUUUGGAUAUCGUGAUGACCAUUACCAGUAUGACCGAUCACCUUAUGGCAUGAGAGGUUUUGGUGGAAUUAAACCAUCGAUGUCAGACACUAACCUAGCAGAAGCUGGCCUGUUCUUUUAUAAGAGUAAGAACAGCUAUAAUUUCACUGGCACCACAGAGGGUGCAGUAGAUCUUACCUCAGGAAAGAUUUCUGAUGCAGGUGAAGCUGUUGACUACUCCAAAAAAGGGACUUACGCAGGAAUGACAAUUCCACCCUAUUCCCAAGCCAGAGUUACAAGUGCUGUUGGUACAGUCUUUGGUACAAGCAGUGUCUUGAGGUCAUCAAAUGGGGUGGUCUAUUCCUCUGUUGCAGCACCAAUCCCAUCUACAUAUGCCAUUACCACCCAACCUGGGUCCAUCUUUAGUACAACAUACAAUACCCUGUCAGGCAUGCAUACCAGCGACACUAUGCCUUCCCUGUCCAACCUCCAGAACUUGCCACUUACACGGUCCCACAGUUUCCUGUCCACCAUUUCCACUACUUCAACAGAAGAACAAGGAGAUGCCCCACUCAAUCUGGAGAUCUCUAGAGGGGGUACUACUGCCGCCGAUGCUGUCACAACAGCAACAACCUCUUUAUCCCUUGACGCCUACACUGAUGCAUCCCUAGAGGCCAUAGCUGCUUCACUGGAAGCUCUGUCUUCACCCAUGGUUCCUGGGGAUGGCCAGUAUCAAGUAGAGCGUGAGAGGCUAGAGAUGGAAAAACUCAAGCAACAGCGCCUGGCUGAGGAAUUAGAGUGGGAACGCCAGGAGAUUCAGCGGUUCCGUGAGCAAGAGCAGCUCCUAGUACAGAAGGAACUGGAGGAGCUGCAGGCCAUGAAGCAGCAGAUCCUGGCCCAACAACAAGAGGAAAGACAGGCUCACCUCAUGAUGCAGAAAGAAACCUAUGCCCAACAACAGCAGCAGCUUGAACAGAUUCAGAGACUCCAAGAGCAACUGCGUGUGCAACUGGAAGAGCAAAAGCUUCGUCAGAUGUACCCAGGCGGGGACACACCAGGACAUGGCUUGCAGGAGGCACUUGUCUUAGGACCGGAUGGCACAGUGCUGUCUCGAAAAAUCACAGAUAGCGGGUGCCAGACAGAUGAAGAGGAUGAGGCAGUUAGCAAAGCUUAUGCAGCAGGGAGAAAAAAGAGAAGUGCUAAAAAGAGUGUUGACAGUUGUGUGCAGACUGAUGAUGAGGAUCAAGAUGAAUGGGAAGCUCAGAGCAGAGGCCGACAAAGCCGGCCACGCACAGCCAGGGGUGAUAGGGGUGGGCAGUCAGAGAUGUCUCUUCAAGCCCAUACUGAGAUUUCUAUACAAACAGAUACAGAGGGGAACAUUAGAAUGGACACCAGGAUGGAGCUAUCUGACUCUGAAAGGACCUCUCCAAAGAAACGGCCUACCCCCUUAGAAAUAGGCCAGUCUCCUAACCUCAAAGUUGAUUCCUCUACUCUUCAAGCCCCUCCUAAAUCUCCUAAAGUGCUCUAUUCCCCUAUAUCCCCAUGCAUAUCCCCUAGCAAAUCCCUUGAGUUUGUGUCCUAUGAGAAAUCACUGGGUGAUACAAGCCCACAGAAACUAAGAGGAAGUACAGAUCCAUCAAAAGCUUCUCCAGCAAGCCCUAGGGGACCAAAAGCCAUGCAGAGAUCCAUGUCUGACCCUAAGCCCAUGAGUCCGACAGGAGAGGAAAAGGCAACAUCUGGCACCCAGUAUGGUGAUACCUAUACUGGUAAAGGCUCAGGUGGCACACCAACAGGCACUCAAAAGAAGGUGAAGAGGACUCUCCCCAAUCCACCAUCAGAGGAGGAGUCAACGACCAGUGGCCAAACCGCAUACAGCACAGGUUCUGCCCGCCGAAGAAUGUGCCGCAAUUCCAACAUGGCACGUGCCAAAAUCUUACAAGACAUUGAUCGUGAGCUAGAUCUGGUGGAGCGUGAGUCUUCCAAACUCCGCAAAAGACAAGCAGAGCUAGAUGAGGAGGAGAAAGAGAUUGAUGCCAAGCUUAGGUACUUGGAAAUGGGCAUUAAUAGGAGAAAAGAUGCACUGCUGAAAGAGAGAGAGAAGAGAGAAAGGGCCUACUUACAGAGUGUUGCUGAGGACAGAGACUAUAUGUCAGACAGUGAGGUUAGUAAUAUCCGAGAGACUAGAGGUGGGCGUGGAGAUGGUGAAGAUGAGGAGAUUGAAAGUCAUGGUCUUGAACGUCCCAGGACAGCUCCUCAGUCAGAACUGGAUGAAUUUGUCCCACCUCAAACCAAGCACGAGUAUGGAAAAUACUCCCAGUAUCAAUACCCUCAAAGCCAAUACCAGCAGACUCUCUACCAGCCUCCCCAGUCCUACCAGUCUCAUUCAAUCUAUUCUUCUGUCCCCUCACUCACUAGCUCCCAGCAGCAGAGUUACCACCAGAUGCUCUUGUUGCAGCAGAAAGCUGCCAGACAAGCAGCCCUCCUCUCAGAGCUGGAUGCAACUAAAUAUGAUGUCAUUAGUCGCCAACCUGAUCCCAUAUCAUCAUCUUACCUGGGAGUCAAGUAUGACAAAUAUGGCAACCACCUUGACCUCAGAGCCUUGGAGGUGGGAAGUAUAGCAGGUAGCCCCAUGUCUUCUGUCUCUGAUUCCUAUUACACAGAUGUAGAUCACCAUACACCUCGGAGUUACAUGCUGCUUGAAGAUGCUGCAGAGCUGGCUAAGGGCUCCACAGGUCUGUCUUCAUCUUAUAGUCUAGCUGAGAGGGAGCUAGCUAAGGCAGAGAAGCUGCUGCGAAGGAGUGCUGCAGAUCUGGGCUCUACUGAUUACCUGGGAUCCACCUCCAGACUCCAUACUUUUGGAAAGACCCCUGAUGAAGAGGAUACAAUGGAGGAACCAUACGAACUGAAACUGCUGAAGCAGCAGCUCAAGCAAGAGUUUAGGAGAAGUACGGGUGGGACAGAAAACUUAGAACAACUGACAGGUCUCUCCCAGCAUUACUAUACCCCAAGCACUGGCAUCUCUAGUUACUCCCAAAGACACUAUCCAAAGUCAGAAAAGUACAGCAUCAGUCGACUAACUCUAGAGAAACAGGCAGCUAAACAACUUCCAGCAUCUAUGUUGUACCAAAAGCAUAAGACUCCACUAAUAGAUCCUAAAAUCUCCUCCAAGUAUUCCUCUGUUACAGACAACAGAGGUCUAGACACAGACUAUACCAGUUAUCUGGGGUCUACCAGUGCAUCCCCAAGAUCCAGCCGGCUUAUGCAGGAUGAAAUUACCUUUGGUCUUCGUAAGAAUAUUGCUGAGCAGCAAAAGUACCUUGGAUCCACCUUGGGGGCCAACUUAGCUGGGUCACUAAAUUUGGGCCAGAGCUUGGGCUUAGACUCUGCUUAUCCUAGUGGUAGCCGCUCAAGACCCUCAUCCAGGCCCACAUCUUGCUAUGGCCUGGACUUGUCUAUCAAAAGGGACCCUUCCAGCUCUUCACUGAGGCUUAAAGGGGAUGGAGAAGCAACUGGAGAUGGAGGAAGCUAUCAAACCCCCUCUGGUCGCACCAAACCCACCAGCCUUCCUAUUGUGCAAAGUGGACGUGGGCGAAUACCCAUAGUGGCCCAGAACUCGGAGGAAGAGAGUCCCUUGAGCCCUGUUGGGCAGCCUAUGGGCAUGGCCCGUGCAUCAGCAGGACCUCUGCCACCCAUCUCAGCUGAUUCAAGGGACCAGUUUGGUUCGUGCCUCUCCUUGCAGGACUCCCAACAGCAGCAACAUAUCAGGGAAGAGCCAACCAGGGGUAGGGGUUAUGUGCUUCUGGAUGACCUUCAGGGCACCAUGUCAGAUAGUGAAGCCCUAAGUGGUUCCCUGAUGGCUUUGAACAGAGACGAUGCAACCAAUGCCUACCACCUUAGACGAGAAGAGACAGACUGGUUUGACAAACCAAGAGAUGGGCGUUCAGAGAAUGGACAAGAAAAGAGACAGGGAAAAGGCCCAUACUACCCCUUCCCUCACCUCAGGGUCAAACUCCAGAGGGAUCCCAAAGACCGCAGUGUCUCAGGAAAUGGUCUGGGUAUCCGCAUAGUUGGAGGGAAAGAGGUCCCUGGCAGUAAUGGAGACAUUGGAGCUUAUGUUGCCAAGGUCCUACCUGGUGGAGCUGCAGAACAAACAGGAAAGAUUCUUGAAGGAAUGCAGGUCCUGGAGUGGAAUGGUGUUCUCCUGACAGGGAAAACCUACGAAGAAGUACAAGGGCUCGUUGGACAGCCGUGUAACGAGGCAGAAGUGUGUGUCAGACUUGAUCUCAACAUGCUGGCUGAGUCUGAGGGUUCCCAGCACCUAGAUUUCCAGGAGCACAGCAAAGGCGACAGACCUCCCAGGUCUCCAGGUGUUGACCCCAAGCAGCUGGCGGCUGAGCUGCAGAAGGUGUCACAGCAGCAGGCUCCAACGUCCACCUCUUCCUCAGGCCUGCCUGCCACCACCUCAGCAACCUCCAGUCCCGCUCAGCCAGGAUCACCAUCUGUCAGCAAGAAACGCCACAGCAGCAAGACUGCAGAGGGAAUGAAGACCCAGUCCCAUCCCAUCUCUGGAGAGAUACAGCUUCAAAUCCACUACGACAAGCAGCUUGGCAACUUGAUUGUUCAUGUCCUGCAGGCCAGAAACCUUGCCUUGCGGGACAACAAUGGCUACUCUGACCCAUUUGUUAAAGUAUAUCUCCUGCCAGGGAGAGGUCAGGUCAUGGUUGUCCAGAACGCCAGUGCUGAAAACAAGAGGAGGUCCAAACAUGCGGGGAAGAGUCUCAACCCCGAAUGGAACCAGACUGUCAUCUAUAAGAACAUCCACCUGGAGCAGCUGAGGAAGAAGACCCUGGAGGUGAGCGUGUGGGACUAUGACAAGUGCUCCUCAAAUGAUUUCUUAGGAGAGGUCCUUAUUGACCUGUCCAACACCGCCCAGCUGGACAACGUCCCGCGGUGGCUCCCCCUGAAGGAGCAGAGCGAGGGGGACCACCACCGGCGCUCCCACUCAGGCCAGGGCCGACACAGUUCCUCUAAACCCUCCUCACAGCACUCUUCCCCUAAAACCACUGGCUCCUCACAUGACAAUCAGGAUUCCCCAAAAUCAUCUGUCAUCAAGAGCCGAAGCCACGGGAUCUUUCCAGAUCCGGCCAAGGACACGCAGGUGCCCACUAUCGAGAAAUCUCACAGUAGCCCUGGCACAUCGAAGCCUUCCCCGUCCGAGGGCCAGAGCCAAAGCCACAGCCAUGGACACAGUCAACACUCUCGCUCGCACGGCGCUUCACGCUCCAGCAAAAGCGCCGCACGGCAACACCAUCAGGACAGCGGCACUGGAAGCAGCGGAGGCGCUGCCAUAGCAACGGGCGAUGCCCCACAGCAGUCACAGCAGCAGCCGCCGCAACGCCUCCAACCAAGCCAAAGAGGCCGCCUCUCACUGAGGCACCAGAGACACAGCGUAGUGGGCGUGCUCACCAUUCAGAGAGCCCAGUCCGAUUGGCUGCCUGCCCUGCCAACGGUUGUGUCGGCCAAAGGGAGCAGAGCAGACGGCAGACACCUGACCCUCAGGAAAGCCGUGUCAGAAGAGAGGCCGCAGAGCACCGGAGCUCGGUCGAGCUACAGAUCCAGUGAUGCCCCAGUCACAGCAGCGUCAUUGGACAGCGGCCUGAGUGGCAGUGCCUACAGCCUAUUGGACGAAGAAGCAGAGACAAACGAGGUGGACAGUGCCAUCUUCCAGGUGCCCCGAUUUGGAAAGAUCCCAAACGGCACAGACGUAAUGAAAUCAUCAAUGGGACACAGUGAUGCUGAAGGUAAAUCCCAGGUAAUGGGGGAGAUAAAGAUUGCUCUGAAGAAGGAGAUGAAGACGGAGGGUGAGCACCUGGUCCUUGAGAUUCUUCAAUGUCGCAACAUCACCUACAAGUUCAAGACUCCAGACCACCUGCCUGAUCUUUAUGUGAAGCUCUAUGUGGUGAAUAUUGCCACCCAGAAAAGGAUCAUCAAGAAAAAGACCAGAGUGUGUCGUCAUGACCGUGAACCAUCUUUCAACGAAACCUUCCGCUUCUGUAUGAACCCCACUGGACACUCUCUACAGCUGUUCCUGGUGUCCAAUGGUGGCAAGUUUGUGAAGAAGACCCUGAUCGGGGAGGCCUAUGUUUGGCUGGACAAAGUCGACCUUCGCAAGCGAGUGGUGAGCUGGCACAAGCUGCUCGCCAGCACCGCCCAGAUUCACUCAUAG